ACUACAUUUCCCACAAUGCACUGAGGGGCGGGCUGGGACUGGCCAAGCGGCUGGAACCGGGCCUCCGCCACCACAGGCCGGUGAAAGCUGUCUUCCUGUGCCGGUGACCGGUUAAGGGUGAGCAGGAGAGAUCGGUUCAUCGGCUGUGGCCAUGUCUGUAUCCUCCAGGGGCGGUAGCCCCACGAAGUUGCACUCUCAGGCCAGGCACGGCUGGACACUCAUAUCCCCCCAGGGGUCUGGCAGAGGGCAGUGAGUGGCACCCUCCGUAGGUCCUGUGUUCCCCCAAGAAACAGGACAGCCCCAAAGAUGGCUGCUGACAUGCAGAGGAAAAGAAGCAGUGAAUGCCCUGAUGGCACAUUGGCUCCUUCUGAUGGCCAAAGUGUGGAGAGAGCUGAGAGCCCCACGCCAGGACUGACCCAGGGAACCGAGCCAGGUGCGGGGCAGGAGGGUGCCAUGUUUGUCCAUGCACGUUCCUAUGAAGACCUGACAGAGUCAGAAGACAGGGAAGCUUCUGGGGACAGCCCCAAAGAGUAUGCUGGAAGUCCCCCGCCACUGCCUACAGACAUGCGCCAGAUCAGCCAGGACUUCAGUGAGCUGAGUACCCAACUGACAGGGGUGGCCCGUGACCUGCAGGAGGAAAUGCUACCAGGAAGCUCAGAAGACUGGCAGGAGCCCCAGGGAGCAGCAGGACGACCAGCCACAGAGCCUUCUCAAGAGGGCACAACUGAAGGGGAUGAGGAGGACGCUACGGAGGCAUGGCGCCUCCACCAGAAGCAUGUGUUUGUACUGAGUGAGGCAGGGAAGCCUGUGUAUUCUCGCUAUGGGUCUGAGGAAGCACUUUCCAGCACCAUGGGUGUCAUGGUUGCUCUGGUGUCCUUCCUGGAGGCAGACAAGAAUGCCAUUCGCUCCAUCCAUGCAGAUGGCUACAAGGUAGUAUUCGUACGCCGGAGCCCUCUGGUGCUGGUGGCGGUGGCCCGCACGCGGCAGUCGGCCCAGGAGCUGGCCCAGGAGCUACUGUACAUCUACUACCAGAUCCUGAGCCUUCUAACUGGCGCGCAGCUGAGCCACAUCUUCCAGCAGAAGCAGAACUACGACCUGCGGCGCCUGCUGUCAGGCUCGGAGCGAAUCACCGAUAACCUGCUGCAGCUAAUGGCUCGAGACCCGAGUUUCCUGAUGGGCGCAGCGCGUUGCCUGCCCUUGGCAGCGGCAGUGAGGGACACGGUGAGUGCCAGCCUGCAGCAGGCUCGUGCUCGCAGCCUAGUCUUUUCUAUUCUGCUGGCCCGCAACCAGCUGGUGGCGCUGGUGCGCCGCAAGGACCAAUUCCUGCAUCCCAUCGACCUGCACCUGCUUUUCAACCUCAUUAGUUCCUCCUCAUCCUUCCGUGAGGGCGAGGCAUGGACCCCCGUGUGCUUGCCAAAGUUCAAUGCGGCCGGCUUCUUCCACGCGCACAUCUCUUACCUAGAACCUGAUACCGACCUCUGCCUGCUGCUGGUCUCCACUGACCGUGAAGACUUCUUUGCAGUCUCUGACUGCCGCCGCCGCUUCCAGGAACGCCUUCGAAAGCGGGGAGCCCACUUGGCCCUGCGGGAGGCUCUGCGCACACCUUACUACAGCGUUGCCCAAGUGGGCAUCCCUGACCUUCGUCACUUCCUCUAUAAGUCAAAGAGCUCAGGACUCUUCACCAGUCCUGAGAUCGAGGCCCCAUACACCAGUGAAGAGGAGCAGGAGCGGCUGCUGGGCCUCUACCAGUACCUGCACAGCCGCGCUCACAAUGCCUCUCGCCCACUCAAGACCAUCUACUAUACAGGCCCCAAUGAGAACCUCCUAGCCUGGGUGACAGGUGCCUUUGAGCUCUACAUGUGCUACAGUCCACUGGGAACCAAGGCAUCAGCUGUCAGUGCCAUCCAUAAGCUGAUGCGCUGGAUCCGUAAAGAGGAAGACCGGCUCUUCAUCCUCACACCCCUCACCUAUUGAUGGAAGUGGGAAGGCACACUGGGCGUGGGAAGCCAUGAGAGCCUCCAGGUGAGGCUGGCUUCUCCUGCCCAGCCAGCAGGCAGGGACUGUGGGUUGGUGCGUGCAUUAAAGUGCUUUGAGAAAGACA